UUCCGGUUCCUCGUUCUCGGUCAAACCUGCACAGAAACGCGGCACUAACAUUAAUAAGCGUUUUUCCCCCAAAUUUCUUUGGAUUUUAGUAGUAAAUUGUAUACAUGAAUUUUCAACUUUGAUCUCGAUUUGAUGCGUUUCUCCAGCCCUUCUCACGCCAAAGCCUCACAGUCCUCUCGGUCUACGGUAGUGGUUGUGGUGGCGGUGCAGUUCUUCCCGUUCGGAGGAACGCACUGAAAGUUUCAAUGGCGGCUCCUCGGAAUCUGAUGGGCGACAACGGGCGGCUGUCGAGAGACGAAGAGAACGGCCUCGGAGAGGACGAUUCGCCGACUGGCAAGAAGCCCAAAUCGGAGAGAUUCACCUUGUCUCGCUGGGAGUUCGUCGCCGCCAUCGGCAUCUUCGUCAUCUUUUCCACCGGACUCUUCUGCAUCUACUUGACCAUGCCCGCCGCAGAAUACGGAAAACUCAAGCUGCCUCGCAGCGUUUCGGAUCUUCGUUUGCUCAAAGAUCAUCUGGCAUCGUAUGCUAAGGAUUACCCGGCUCAAUUUAUGCUGGGUUACUGCUCCAUAUACAUCUUCAUGCAGACAUUCAUGAUUCCUGGAACAAUUUUCCUGUCUUUGCUAGCUGGAGCUCUUUUUGGUGUUAUAAGAGGUCUUCUCUUAGUUGUUUUUAAUGCUACAGCUGGAGCAUCGUGCUGCUUCUUUUUGUCCAAGUUAAUUGGCAAGCCUAUUGUUAGUUGGUUGUGGGAUGAAAGGUUGAGAUUCUUCCAAUCAGAGAUAGCUAAGCGUAGAGAUAAGCUGCUGAAUUACAUGCUUUUUCUGAGGAUAACUCCAACAUUGCCCAACCUUUUCAUCAAUUUGGCAUCUCCGAUUGUUGAUAUACCAUUUCAUGUUUUCUUUCUGGCUACUUUGAUUGGUCUUAUUCCGGCAUCCUACAUCAUAGUCAGAGCUGGCCUAGCACUUGGGGAUCUAAAGUCAGUCAAGGAUCUUUAUGAUUUCAAAACCCUGUCUGUUCUUUUUCUGAUUGGUUUCAUCUUCAUUUGUCCUACCCUUCUGAAAAGGAAGAAAAUCUAUGAGUGAAGUUCCCUUACAAGGCCUCCUCCCAUUCUUCGAUUCAAGUUUGAAGAGGAAGCAAACCUGAGAAUGUUGGUGGGCCCCUCCCAUCUUCUUGUCUAAGGCAUUUUGUUAGCAUUUAGAUUAUAUUGUGAACUCUAACAAUGAAUUAGGAUGAUUAGGGCAAUAACUUGAUAUCCAAAGUGAAAAAUGUUAAAUGAAAAGGGAAUUUGGUAUAGGCUCCAAAAGUUCAGUUUUUUUCCCACAGGAUUAGUCAUUAUGGAGUCAUUUAGCGUUUGGAAAGAUGUGUGUAAACUAUUCUUCUAGUGCUUAAGAGCAUGUAAUUUGCACAGACGAAGGGAAUUGAAAUGGUCCUGUAUCGUUGAUUUUUGUUUCAGUAACAAAAUACUACAGUUCACAGUUA